GAGCUUCAUAUUGCUGGGAGCCAGUCGGGGGCUCCACACUUCCCAACCGCAGUGGUCUGCUCGCCUGGCCACCGUAGAGACUCAGCUCCCGGCCACGUUGAAGAGGAACUCCGCCACCAUGCCGAAAGUUGCUGUGCCAGAGACCGACGAUGGAAUGAGGGCCUUUGCCGAAAGGGUCUUUGCAUCUGAGACCAAGGAUGAGAACAUCCGUGAUGAGAUCUCCAUGUUUGAUGUGGCUGAGGACUGUCCCAUCCUGCACCAGGAGAUGGCCCAACAUCUGCAUGAUGACGACGACCUCGCCAGACGUAAGAGGCGCUGCCGCACCAUGGCGAUGCCUGCUGCCGCCACCCAGGUCCACGCCGCUGCUUCUGCUGUGGUGUCUGUGGAAGUGGACACGCCCACCUACCUGGAAGUACCUGACUUCCAGAGGGUGGCCAUCAUCGGAGACUACGCCUCUGGGGUGACCAUGGAUGACUUCGAGCUGUCCUGCAAAGGUCUCUACAGAGCCUUGACCAUCAGAGAGAAGUACAUGAGGCUGGCCUACCAGCGCUUCCCAAGAACUGCCUCUCAGUACCUGCGUGAGAUCGAGGGAGAAACCUUCAGAGUGGAGGAUCAAGUGCAGCCAGUCUUCACGCCUCUGCCCAAGAAGGAUGAAGACCCUUUUGAUGCCAAGUCCCUGCCGGAGAACCUGGGUUACGUGGCUCGCAUGAGGGACGGUCUCAUCUACGUGUACAACGACGCUGCGGCUGCGGACAAGCAUCAGCCCAAGGACCUGCCCUGUCCCGACUACGCCACCUUCAUCGACGACAUGAACUUCCUCAUCGCUCUCAUCGCUCAAGGCCCCACGAAGACCUACACUCAUCGUCGCCUCAAGUUCCUCAUGUCCAAGUUCAACGUCCAUGAGAUGCUGAACGAGAUGGAGGAGCUGAAGGAGCUGAAGCAGAACCCUCACAGAGACUUCUACAACUGCAGGAAGGUGGACACUCACAUCCACGCCGCGGCCUGCAUGAACCAAAAACACCUCCUGCGCUUCAUCAAGAGGUCGUACCGCGUGGAUGCUGACCGCGUGGUGCACAAGCUCCAAGGUCGUGAGGUGACCAUGAAAGAGCUGUUUGAGACUCUCAAGUUGCACCCCUACGACCUCACUGUGGACUCUCUGGACGUUCACGCCGGCAGACAAACCUUCCAGCGCUUUGAUAAGUUUAACGCCAAGUACAACCCGGUUGGAGCCAGCGAGCUGCGUGACCUGUACCUGAAGACAGAGAACCACAUCAACGGAGAGUACUUCGCCACCAUCAUCAAGGAAGUGGCUAGCGACUUGGAGGAUGCCAAGUAUCAGUACGCGGAGCCUCGCUUGUCCAUCUACGGGUGCAACCCCAACGAGUGGACAAAGCUCUCCAACUGGUUUGUCAAGCACAGAGUCUUCUCCCCGAACCUCAAGUGGAUGAUCCAAGUCCCCAGGAUCUACGACAUCUUCAGAGGCAGGAACUUUGUGCCUCACUUUGGAAAAAUGCUGGAGAACAUUUUCAUGCCUGUCUUCCAGGCCACCAUCGACCCCCAGUCCAACCCAGACCUCAGCCUUUUCCUCAAGCAUGUGACAGGUUUCGACAGCGUGGAUGAUGAGUCCAAGCACAGCGGCCAUAUGUUCUCCACCAAGAGCCCCAAACCUCAGGAGUGGGACAUUGAAAAGAACCCCUCGUACACCUACUACAUCUACUACAUGUAUGCCAACAUCGCGGUGCUGAACCAGCUGCGCAGACAGAGGGGAAUGAACACCUUCUUGUUCAGACCUCACUGCGGUGAGGCUGGUGCCAUUACUCACCUGCUGGCUGCCUUCAUGACAGCCGACAACAUCUCUCACGGCCUCAAUCUCAAGAAGAGCCCAGUGCUGCAGUACCUGUACUUCCUGACCCAGAUCCCCAUCGCCAUGUCCCCCCUGAGUAACAACAGCCUGUUCCUGGAGUACGCCAAGAACCCCCUGCUGGAGUUCCAAAAGAAAGGCCUGGUGGUUUCUCUGUCCACCGACGACCCCAUGCAGUUCCACUACACCAAGGAGCCGCUGAUGGAGGAGUACGCCAUCGCAGCCCAGGUCUUCAAGCUCAGCACCUGCGACAUGUGUGAGAUCUCCAGGAACAGCGUGCUGCAGAGCGGGAUGUCUCACGAGGAGAAGGCCCACUUCCUCGGAGGGAACUACUUGAAGGAGGGUCCGGAGGGCAACGACAUCCGAAAGACCAACGUGGCUCAGAUCCGCAUGGCGUAUCGCUACGAGACUCUUUGUUAUGAGCUGAACCUGAUCCAGGAGGGUCUGAAGGCUGACUGAGGCUGCAACAGCAAACCUUAAAUAUCUGCUCAUUUUUUCACAGUCACGUGAAGCCGCAGCCAUUUAUCGUACCGCUGUCACCAUGGUUCACAGUCUGAAACCAACUUUGAGAAACCUUAUGUCACAGAACGUCAAUAAAGUGAAACAGUUGCUCUCACUGU